AUGCCGAGAACACAAGCUACGCAACGCGAUCAUUAUAAACCGACUAGCCCGGGAAAAGUCUCAAGUCAAUCAAUCGACUUUGAAAACAAUCAGAGUAUUAUAUUAACUAAAUUGAACAAGGAACUCCAGGAAUUUCCUGAUCGUUUUCCUAAAAUAAUUAGCCCAUUACCACCUGUUGAUGAUAAUAAGACAGAUCAAUGGCAAGAACGAUUGCGACAGGCAAAGGAAGCUCAGACUGGAGAACGUGUGUCUCUCAUUCCUUAUUAUGUUCAAGAUUCACAUUGGAUUGGAGUGAUAUUGAAAUUUCACUUCAGUGGACUACAAUGCGCUGAAUUUAUUGAUCCAGUAGUGAAUUCAUCUUUUGAUCCGAGCAAGUCGCAGGAGCAAUUUUCUAACACUUUCCCCGGUGUUACUUUAAAAUCAAGAACUCUCAAGACAACUGAUGAUCCAAAACAAAGUGCAGAACGAACGGUUGAAAAUCUAUUAACAGCAGCUGCAGAAAUUCAUUCUGCGGAUGUAAAAAGUUUAAGCACGGUGAAUUCAUGUAAAAAGAUCAUCGAUGAUCGUAAUUUAGGCACAACUAAUUCGUCUGAUGAACAACGAAGUAUUUCAACGGCAACUCUUUCUCAAGGUAACAUUGAAGAACAACCUGAUAAAAACUAUCCAAUACACAAUAAAUCAGAAGAUUCGAUAUUUACAGGUAAGUCUGAUUCAACAGUGAAAGUAUCACCUACGGAACAGCCGAUAGUUCAGGAACCAAACCAGUGUAUAUAUCAUGAUAUCAAUGGACACAAAGCACAUUUUGAAUUAUAUGAAGUAUUAGCAAGCCAGUUAAAACGCAGCUUAGCAGCACAUGAAAUAGAUAAUGAGCAAGAACUACAGAAUCAAAUAACAACAAGGAAAGAACUUAUUCUGUCACUCGAAAAGGAAGGAAAACAUAUAAGCGCUCAGAGGAGAAAAGAUUCGUUAU